AUGAAUCAAAUGGAAGAAGUAACCAGAGCACCAUUAGUUCUCUUCCUCCGAGGUCCUGUUGCAGAUGCAGACUUUCAAGUAAAAUUAAUCAAAAGAGAUGGAGUCUUGGGGUUUGUCAGAGUCAGUGCAACUAACCAGGAAUCGAACGUUGAAAAGCCUCUUCUGGGCCUUCCGAAGAGUGACGUGGCAGAAAGAAAAAGGGGGAGACUAAUCGGCAGUGUGAAUAAGCAAAAGAAACAGCAGCAGCAUCCACCUCCACCUCCUCAGCUCCCUCAGAUGUCAGAAGGUUCUGCUGAUGUUGAGCCAAAGCCAAAAAAGCAAAGGCAAAGGAGGGAGAGAAGGAAACCCGCGGCCCAGGCAAGGAAGCAGAAAACCAAACAAGCAGUUCCCAUUGGAGAACCUCAAGAACCAGAGAUCAAGCUAAAGUAUGGUACCCAGGUACUAGAUAAAACCGAUGCCAAGAACAAGUCUUUUUCCCCUUACAUCCAUGUAGUAAAUACAUGUGAACUGGGAGCUGUUUGUACAAUCAUCAAUGCGGAGGAAGAAGAACAGACAAAAUUGGUGAGGAGCCGGAAAGGUCAGAGAUCUCUAACCCCUUCUCCCAGCAGCACAGAAAGCAAGGUGCUUCAAGCUUCAUCCUUUAUGCUGCAGGGGCCUGUGGUAACCGAAUCUUCUCUUGUGGGGCAUCUGGUUUGCUGUCUCUGCGGCAAGUGGGCCAGUUACGGUAACAUGGGUGAUCUCUUUGGACCCUUUUAUCCCCAAGAUUAUGCAGCCACUCUUCCGAAGAAUCCACAUCUUAAGAGGUCCACAGAAAUGCAGAGUAAAGUCAAAGCUCGGUGCAAAAGUGCUUCUAAUGGUUCUAAAUCUGAGACGGAGGAGGAGGAGGAGGAGGAGGAGGAGGAGCAGCAGCAGCAGAAGGAGCAGAGAAGCCUGGCUGCCCAUCCUAGGUUCAAGCAGCGCCAAUGCUCAGAAGACUGUGGUGGGGGUCCUCAGUCCCUGUCCAGGGGGCUUCCUUGUAAAAAAGCAGCCGCUGAGGGCAGCAGUGAAAAGACUGUUUCAGACACAAAGCCCUCUGUACCUACCACUUCAGAAGGUGCUCCUGAGCUGGAGUUACAAAUCCCUGAACUACCUCUUGACCGCAACGAAUUUUGGGUCCAUGAGGCUUGUAUUCUCUGGGCCAAUGGAAUCUACCUGGUCUGUGGCAGGCUCUAUGGCCUGCAGGAAGCGCUGGAAAUUGCCAGAGAGACUAAAUGCUCCCAUUGCCAGGAGGCUGGCGCUACUUUGGGCUGCUACAACAAAGGCUGCUCCUUCCGAUACCAUUACCCCUGUGCCAUUGACGCAGGUUGUUUACUACAUGAAGAGAAUUUCUCGGUGAGGUGCCCCAAGCACAAAGUGAGACCGUGGAGAUGA